CCAUACUGUCGGAGUUCCUCCUUAGGGCUGCUGACUUAUAUUAUGGGUUAAGUCCCAAAGAGGUUCUCAAAUUUGCCUAUGAACUGGCAAAGGCUCACAACUGCCAGCAGCCCAAGUCAUGGGAUGAGCACGGGAUGGGGCUGACUGGUUAGAUGGUUUCCUGAACAGGCACCCAAGCCUUUCCCUGAGACAGCCACAAGAUUAGCUAGGGCAAAAAGCUUUAAUAAAACCAACAAUCUGGCAGAGGUAUUUCAAAAACGCCAUUUCACUGCCAAGCAUAUCUGGAAUAUGGAUGAGACAGGGGUCACCACUGUCCAGAAACCGGAGAAGGCAAGCGUGGAACACUUGUCACUGUGGCAUGUGCAGUGAAUGCACUGGAGAAUGUAAUCCCUCCACACUUUGUGUUUCGCAGGGUAAACCUCAACCCUCAUUUCAUCAGGGAUGCUGUACAGGAACAGCCAACAAAUCAGGAUGGAUACAGGAUGAAGAUUUUCUAGAGUUCUUAUGCCACUUCCAAACCCAUACAAGAGCCUCUCCAACACAGAUGGUCUUGCUGAUCCUCGGCAAUCAUCACUCCCACAUGUCUUUGCGAGGAAUUGACUUUUGUCGUGAAUCUGGCAUUAUUCUCCUCUCCUACCCCCCGCACUGUUCCCACAAGUUGCAGCCACUGGACCGCAGUGUGUUUGGCCCUUUCAAGAUGGUUUACAGCUUCUCUGACAGCUGGAUGAGACAUCAUCCUGGAACAACCAUGUCCAUUUACGACAUACCAGCAAUUGUAAGGGAUUCUUUCCCAAUGGCUGCCACACCAUCAGAUAUCCAGGCUGGCUUCAGGUGCACAGGCAUUUGGCCCUUCAACAGGGACAUUUUCAGCGAUGCUUAUUUUGCACCAUCCUGCGUCACUGAUCGUCCACACAAUCCUGAGACAUCAGUCACUGGUCCAGCUUCCACUGUGUCUGUGGCUGGGCAGUUCUCUACCUCCACCGUGCCUGCCACUGCAUCCAUCUCUGGGACACCCUACAUCGCCUUAAACGUACCUACAACUGGGCCUUUCUCCACCACUUACACUGUGCCAAGUUCCAUUGCCUUCACCAGGCCUGCUGCUGGAACAUCUUCCUUGAUCAAUGAGGACUUUUCACCUAUCUUGGUGAGGCCAUUCCCAAAAGCAGGGCCCUGAAAGACAACUAAGACCAGAAAAAGGAGACCGACUGAAAUUCUUACAGACACACCUGCCAGGAAUUCCCUUGAGGAAGAGCAGGAGAUGGCAUCUUUGUCCAAAGUAAAACGAAAGAUCUUUGCAAAAAAGGAGAAAAUGGUAAAGAAAGGAAAGAAAUACACAAAAUAAAAUAAGGAUGAGACUGUGGAAGACGAAUUUAAUUCACCAGAGGAGCAGAACAAAACAUCUUCCUCUAAUGUAAAGCAAAAGAUCUCUGCAGAAAAUGAAAAAAGAGGAAAAGAAAGAAGUCUACAAAAGAAAAUG